GCUACUCAGGAGAAACGAGAUGAUCUGCCCUGGAGCCGCAGCAAAAUGCUGGAUGGACACCUACUCCUGGGAUGGUUAUCGUUCACAGUUAUAGUAUAUCUUCUCAACUUGCCUGGACCGACGGCUGCAUAUUUCGGGUUGACAGGUAAUGAGCCGUUGUCUAUCCUGCCUCUGAACUCUCUACCAGAGGAGAACGUGGGCAGGGCCCACUACAAGCUGUGCGACCGGCUCAAACUGGAAAAGAAGCAGCGCAGGAUGUGCAGACGAGACCCGGGCGUGGCCGAGACCCUGAGAGAGGCCAUCACCAUGAGCGCCCUAGAAUGCCAGUAUCAAUUCCGCUUUGAGAGGUGGAACUGCACCUUAGAGGGGCGCCACCGAGCCAACAUAUUAAAGAGAGGAUUUAAAGAGACAGCCUUCUUGUACGCCAUUUCAUCAGCGGGCCUGACUCAUGCGCUGGCCAAAGCUUGCAGUGCAGGACGCAUGGAGCGCUGCACAUGUGACGAAGCCCCUGACCUGGAGAAUCGAAAGGCGUGGCAGUGGGGGGGCUGUGGAGACAACCUAAAAUAUGCAAACAAGUUUGUUAAGGACUUCCUGGGCAAACGCUCCAACAAAGACCUGCGUGCACGUGUAGACAUGCACAACACAAAUGUAGGAAUGAAGGUGAUUAAGGCUGGAGUGGAGACCACUUGCAAGUGCCAUGGCGUCUCCGGCUCCUGCACCGUCCAGACCUGCUGGAGGCAGCUCCAGCCUUUUCAUGAAAUCGGCAAGCAGCUAAAGCAGCGCUACGAGACCUCCAUUAAGGUCGGAAGCUCCACCAAUGAGGCCACAGGCGAGGGAGAAAUCUCCACAGGCCGGAGCCAGCAGCAGCAGCAGCAGCAGCAGCAGCAACAGCCGCAGCAACAGCCGCAGCAGCAACAGCAGCAACAACAACAGCAACAGCAACAACAGCAACAACAGCCUCCACCUGGGCUGACUGAUCAGAUCCCUCGCACUAUGGACCUGCUCCACAUUGAGGACUCACCCAGUUUCUGUAGGCCCAGCAAGUACUCGUCGGGCACGGCAGCCCGGAAGUGUUACAAGGAUAAGAACUGCGACGCAAUCUGCUGCGGGCGAGGCCAUAACACACAAAGUAGGGAGGUGACCAGGCCCUGCCAGUGCCAGGUGCGCUGGUGCUGCUAUGUUGAAUGCAAGCAGUGCACACAGAGGGAGGAGGUUUAUACCUGCAAAGGGUAAACCAGUCAUCUGUCAGCCUAAAGGAUCGGUGGAGCAUGUAACAGAUGGCUGUGUCGCAGAGGAGUGGUUGAUUUGUUUUCAUAUAAGGUUUUGCUUCCACUGUUUUGCAAACGAAAGCGGAGCAAGCCGAUGGAGAAGCAACAAGCACUUUGAGGGAUUUCUGUGGGCUGGGUGUCAGAGGUCCUGAGGCCCCAGUGUCUGGGGUUUGCAGUUAAACAAAAAUGAAAGAAAAAAAACUUCUCAGACAACUGGGUCAACAUCUCAAGCUUUUUUUUUUUAUUAAUUUAGGCUCUGAAUUGAACAGAAAAGCUUCCCUUUUUUUUUCAAACAAAGAAAUCCAGUUGCAUCUUUUCACAAGCAAACAUAUAUCCAGUGAGAUCAAAAAGGAAACCAGUCACACCAAAGGACUGGUUCCUGGGACCUUGCCCAAGGAAGAAUGGUUUGUGUGAAUGUUGGUUAAUCUUUACAUGUGUAUGUUUGUGUGUGAGCACAAUAGAGUGAGGUGGCUGGAGUAUGACGACUUUUAUGCAAUGAAAUCCAUAUUCAGAGACUGCUUAAAAGAAACAAAAGACAGGGUGUAAGAUUUACAUUACACGCACAUAUUUACACUCACACACAUUGUGUGUUUGCAUAUGUAUGUAAAUAAAUUCAGAUAUAUUGUAAUGAUAUUAUACACACCACUUAUCUAACUAUGUUAAAACAAACCACUAACCACACAAAUGUUUUGUUGUUUGUGUGCUCUCUUGUUUUUCGUCUUGAUUCGUGUCGACAAGGCCCUUUAGAAAGCAGCACACUCGUGUCCGUUGCCUUGCUGUGGAUAAUUUAUAGAUCCGUUGGGACUACUCCUUCACAGGGAGAAAAAAAAUCACGCUUUUCUUCUUUGAAAUAAUAUAAUAUGAAGCUGUUAGUAAAUGCAUUAAUAGAUAAAACUAUACCAGUCAGUUUAGGCUAUUCUCGGCCUUGAGCGAACCAAUGUUCAGGGAAUAACUUAAACCACUAUAACUAUCGGCGAUAUAGGAGAGAAAGAGUUCAAAUAAUAUUCAAGUUGUAUAUGACAGUUGCCUUGUUAUUACAGCCAAGGUUAUUGCAGCAGGUGAUCAUUUGACCAGAAAACAGUCCACCUGUGACCCAGACAGAAAUUGUGGGGAUCUGUUGAGCUUAA